AUGACGGCGUCGCUGGAAGGGUCGUUUUUCAUGAUCAUGUUCGUGGACAGCUUCUCGCGGUGGAUGAAGCUGUACGGGAUGAGGCGCAAGUCGGACACCCUCGCCUUCGUCAAGAAGUUCCUCGCCGACAUGAUUGGCACCGGUGUUCCUCGCUCUUUCCGGAUGGACAACGGGGGGGAGUUCAUCAACCGCGACUUCAUCGCCUUCUGCGACAACGCCGGCAUCCACCGUACGUACACGGCGCCAGGCCCACCACUGCAGAAUGGUCAGGCGGAGAGUACGACCUGGCGCGUAAACAAGGCUGGCCACGCCGCUCGUCUCGAGGCACGCCGCCUGUUCCCCAAGAUCGACUUCAUCCGCAUCCCCGGCUUCGGGCGCGAUGGCGAGCGCCUUUGGCUAGAGUCGUGUCACUGGGCUGCCGGCGGCUUCAACCGUUCCCCGGUCAAGGCAAACGUCGGAUACAAAUCGCCGCACGAACUCUUCACCGGGCGCCCGCCCCGGCUCCAGAUCGUCUCGUUCUUGCAGCCAGGGUACAUGCGUGUGACGCGCGCGCGGAAGAUGGAUCCCCAGGCAGUGCUGUGCUGCUCCCUCAACAACGGCGACAACCAUCACGAGUUGGCGGUCAAGGUUCUCAAGUUUGCGACGGGGCGCGUGUGCAUUACGAACAACGUCGUGUGGGUCUCCGACCGCGCGCCGACGCUGACCCCGCCGCUGGAGCUGCCGGCGCCGGCGGGCGAGGAGGGGGAUUCGGAUGUCGCUGCCGCAUCGACGUUUCUAAUUGAGUACAAUUCACCGCUUCUUGUACCCCCCUCAACGUUCGCCCGCUCUCCCACUUCACCCGCUGCCAUAUCCUCACAGGCGCCGCCGGCAACUUCCACACCACCGCCACCGGCUUCCACAACCACGCCGCCUGCAACGCCGUUCGUCGCCGCGCCACCGUUCACCACCGCCGCUGCACCGUCAGCAACACCGUUCCCCGCCGCCGCGCCGCCCGGUGCAGCGCCAUCGACCAACAUGCCGCCGCUCACCACGAGGGCCAUCCGUGAACUGGACGUGGGGCACGGGGACAUGAGGGUUUCUGGGCGCACGAGGGCAGCCGCAAAGAACCAGGGGGGGGGGCGGGCGUCGUCAAUGCCGCCCCUCUCUGCUAGGGCUAAUCGAGAGCUGGACUUGGGACGAGAGACACGGGUGCCAGGGAGGUUGAGGAGUCGGGGGGUGCGUUUUCAGGAUGAGGGGACCGAGCGGUCGACGUCUCCUGGCGGGAGCGGCGACGCUCACGCCCACCGCUUCGGGCUUGCAUCCCUGCAGAACGAGGCAACGCUCCUGUCGACUCUUUCUAGUCGCAGCGUCGUCGAUGGGGGGAGAAAGGAGAUUCCGAGUUCAGCCGGUGGGCGUGAUGGAGCGGAGCCGGGGGGGUGA